AUGCCUCAUGAAGCUGGAGCUCAGUGCAUUGGAUGGCACAUCUUUGUCCAGCGUUUUUGGCCAGAAGCUGCCACAGAAAGUCAGAACACAGAUGAAGUCAUAUUUGACGAUAUAUGGCAUGGUGGAGAAGGAAAGUGGUUCCAGCUGAUGGUGGAAGAAAAAGGAGGCGAGAGCAGACAGCUGAAAGGAUCUGGAGAACUCACUGCUCAGAACUUGGAACGCUUAGCCUUUAGCCUCAACCAGGAAACUUCAGCUCAUCCUGUGACCAAAGUGUACGGGCUGCUGGUAAAAUGCAGGUCAUCUCAGGGUGAAAUGCAUCAGAAUCUGGGGAUGACUUGGUCCUUAACAGAACGAGGCUCAAAAGGACAUCUUGACCUCACAGAGUUAAUAGGAGUUCCUCUUCCUCCUUCUGUCUACUUUGUCACCGGCUAUGGAGGGUUUCCAGCUUACAGCUUUGGUCCAGAUGCUAACAUCGGUCGAUUAACAAGUGCUAUAAUACCAUCACCUUUCUACAGAGAUUUUGCUAUCGUAGUUACAGUGAAACCCAACAGUGAUCAUGGAGGAGUGCUAUUUGCAAUAACAGAUGUCUUCCAGAAAACUAUUUACCUGGGAAUGAGACUUUCACCAGUUGAUGACAGCACCCAGAGGAUAAUAAUGUACUACACGGAGCCUGGUUCCCAUAUCUCUCAAGAGGCUGCUUCAUUUAAAGUGCCAGUGAUGACUAACAGGUGGAAUAAGUUCACAAUGACUGUUCAGGGAAAUGAUGUUGCUUUGUUCAUGGACUGUGAAGAAUAUCAGAGAGUUCAGUUUCAAAGGUCAGCUGAAUCCUUGGUAUUUGAAUCUGGCUCUGGGAUAUUUGUUGGUAAUGCAGGAGCCACAGGAUUGGAAAAGUUCACAGGAUCAAUUCAACAUCUGACAAUCAAAUCUGACCCAAGGGCUACUGAAGAUCAUUGUGAAGAUGAUGAUCCUUAUGCUUCAGGGGACAUCAGCGGCAAUGGCAGCAUUCAAGAACACGAAGGUAUUUCUGAGACACAAGAAGUCCUUGCACCUUCUCAUCAUCCCAUAAGGCCUGAAGAUACAUUGGCUGAGCCAGUGGAAGCCCCCCCAACAAUAUUGUCUUAUGUGGAAGAGAAUUAUUUCUCUGGAAAUCACAGUUCAGAAGAAACGUCUGAAGCAGCUAAACUUAAAGAACAAGAUUCAGCUGUCAUGGAAAUUGGACAAGGCAACAGUGAAUCUACCACUGUCACACAGAAAAUCUUAAGAGAAGAAGAUGGCUCUGGUGUUUUGCCAGGAGCAAGCAGAGGGGAGGGACAGAAAGGUCAGGAAGAGGAGGAUGGGCCCACAGGAUCUCCAGGAAGGCCAGGAGUAGAAGAUCUGAAGAAAAAAGAUCAAGGACCUCCUGGACCUCUAGGGAAACUUGGACAACAUGGUCAGCCUCCUGUUUAACCUGGUAAUGUCUAAUUAAUUUUUUUUUCCUUUCAGGGUAAAAAUGGACUUCAGGGGUUGCCAGGAUUGAAAGGAAAUGCAGACCUAAAAAGUGAAAAGGGUGAUGCUGGUGAGGGAUUGCCAGGACCCCCUGGACUACCAGGACCCACAGGACCAUCUGCUCCUUCCAGAGGAUUAAAUAGAGUGGAACCUGAAGGAUCGGGUUCUGGAGACAUUGAUGGAGAGACUGAGGUCUUAAGAGGUCUUCCUGGGCCACCAGGCCCUCCAGGACUGCCUGGUCUUCCAGGAAAGCCAGGAACUGACUCACGUGUAGGACCUCCUGGGUCACCAGGGGAAGAUGGAGCUUCUGGUGAACCAGGCCCUGAAGGUCCUCAAGGUCCUCCUGGUCCUGAUGGAGUGGCUGGCCCACCAGGACAGAAGGGACAAAAGGGUGAUCAAGGUCUUCCUGGUUCUGUUGGUCCAAAGGGUGAUACUGGAGUCACUGGAUCAAUAGGCCCCAAAGGAGAAGCUGGUGCUAUUGGGUCUCCUGGGAAACCUGGACCACCAGGACCUCCUGGGCCCCCUGGACCUCCUGGACCCCCAGGACUAAGUUACAGUUUCGGAUUUGAGGACAUGGAAGGAUCAGGUAGCACUGGCCUGUUAAGUGGAUCCAGAAUUCCAGGAUCAAGAGGGCCAAAGGGUUCUGCAGGAAGACAUGGACAGCGUGGGCCAUUAGGACCAAAGGGAGAAAGAGGCAACAUCGGUCCACCAGGUUCAAAGGGUAUGCCAGGUACAGAUGGAAAACCAGGCUUUCCUGGCAUUGCUGGACAUCCUGGAGUUAUGGGUCCAAAAGGGGAGAAGGGUGACCCAGGACCUCAGGGUGAACCAGGACAGGAUGGGAACAGUAUUGUGGGACCACCUGGACCACCAGGACCACCAGGACCAAUCAUAGCAAUACCUGAGCCACUACUCAAUGAUACAGAUGAAAUUUUGAACUUUACUGGAAUUAAAGGACUGCCUGGGCCUCCAGGGCCAGAUGGCAAGCCAGGUCUACCAGGAUUUCCUGGCCCUCGGGGACCAAAGGGUGAUACUGGUUUGCCUGGAUCACAAGGACUCAAAGGACAACAGGGUGAAAAGGGAGAACCAGGAGCUAUCAUUGCUGCUGAUGGAUCUUUAACUGAAUUAUUAGGAAGAAAAGGGGACAAGGGUGAAGCUGGAGUGGUGGGGCCGGUGGGACCAAUGGGACCAAUAGGACCUACUGGACCUAAAGGAGAACUUGGUUUCCCAGGACGUCCAGGCCGCCCAGGACUGAAUGGACUGAGAGGUGUGAAAGGUGAUCGAGGUGAAGCGUUUAAUGGCCUUCCUGGCUUGCCUGGACCCCCAGGACCCCCUGGACCUCCAGGACGUAUAGUUUAUAUCAAAGGAACAGUUUUCCCCGUCUCUCGCAGACCUCAUUGCAAAAUGCCAGUGAGCACUCCUUACCCUGGAAAUCAAGAAGCUCUUCAUGUCCAUGGUGCUAAAGCAAACAGAGAUUCCUGGGGGCUGCACAGUUCAGCAGACUUAAAAGGAGAAAAGGGAGACAGAGGUGCUCCAGGACCACCAGGUCCACCUCUGCCUCCAUCAUAUUUCAGCCACUUUAUUAAUAGCAUAAAGGGUGAAAAAGGAGACAAUGGAGUCACUGGUGUAAAAGGAGAAAAAGGAGAACCAAAUGGAGGGGGUUUUCUGACUGGACCUCCCGGACCGCCUGGAAGACCAGGUUUAGUUGGACCAAAAGGGGAUUCAGUUGUCGGACCCAGAGGACCUCCAGGGUUACCUGGCCUACCUGGCUUACCAGGUUAUGGAAAAAUUGGACCUCCUGGCCCACCUGGCCCACCAGGCCCACCAGGACCCCCUGCAAUAUAUGGCUCAGCAGCCGCAAUGCCUGGACCACCAGGUCCUCCUGGAGAGCCAGGGCCACCUGCAACCAGGAAUCUGGUUACAACAUUCCAAAACAUUGUGGGUAUGUUGGAAAAAGUUCAUUUGGUAGCAGAAGGUACACUAAUCUACCUGAGUGAAACCAGUGAGGUUUUUAUCCGUGUUCAAAAUGGAUGGAGGAAAUUGCAGCUUGGUGAGCUAAUUCCUAUCCCUGCUGACAGCCUUCCUCCUCCAGCCAUAUCAAGCCAUGGAUUUCAGACUCUUCCAGCACUGAGUCCAAUAUCGAACAUGAACAAUGGAAAACCAGUACUGCAUCUGGUGGCUUUAAACUCGCCAUUUUCUGGUGACAUGCGAGCAGAUUUUCAGUGUUUUCAACAAGCCCAGCUAGUAGGUUUGACGUCUACCUAUAGAGCCUUCCUCUCAUCACAUUUGCAAGAUUUGGCCACAGUUGUCAGAAAAGCAGACCGAUACCAUUUACCCAUAGUCAAUCUUAAGGGAGAAAUACUUUUCAAUAACUGGGAAUCUAUAUUUAAUGGAAAUGGUGGACAAUUCAACAUCCAUGUUCCAAUAUAUUCCUUUGAUGGGAGGAACGUCAUGACUGAUCCAUCUUGGCCUCAAAAGGUAAUAUGGCAUGGUUCAACUGCAAAUGGCAUCCGACUGGUUAGCAACUACUGCGAAGCCUGGCACACAGCUGAUAUGGGAGCUAUGGGACAAGCAUCACCACUGAAGAUGGGGAAACUUCUUGAUCAGAAGAUAUAUAGCUGUAGUAAUCAGUUUAUUGUUCUCUGUAUUGAAAACAGUUUUGUAUCUGAUCCCCAAGGAAAAUAA